GCAGCGUCAGCUGCUUUCAUUCGCCGUAUACCGUAUACACCAGGGCCGCUUCCCAAGAGGCAUCUAGAUACCUCCGACCCUCGUAGUGCUCCAUACCCCCAUCUGGCCAUAUCCAUCUGUUUGCCUGACAUGGGCCUUCCUGCCGACUUCGACGAUAGACAAACACAAGUAGAUUCCGAGGCCGACGCCUACCAUCCUUAUGAAUAUCAGACAGAUAAUAAUGAAUCCUGGGCCGGCGCCCUUCCGGUAAAGCAAGGAUUGUACGAUCCAAGCUUGGAAAAAGAUGCAUGUGGUGUCGGUUUUGCCUGCCAUAUUAAGGGCAAGGCGAGCCACAAAAUCGUCAGCGAUGCUCGCAACCUUCUUUGCAACAUGACCCAUCGGGGUGCCGUUGGUUCUGAUGCUCGAGAUGGCGACGGUGCUGGUGUUAUGACUUCAAUUCCCCACAAGUUCUUCAUCAAGAAUUUUGAACGGGAGGAAAAUGUCAAACUACCCCCUCUAGGACAGUAUGCUGUGGGAAACCUUUUCUUCAAGCCGGAUGAGGAGACGUUGCAGGAGUCGAAGAGGCAAUUGGAAGACAUUGCCGAAUCGCUAGGAUUAAGAGUUUUGGGUUGGCGAUCACCUCCUGUAGACUCUUCUCUCCUUGGACCUGCUGCAUCCUCGCGCGAGCCAUUCAUUUUACAGCCCUUUGUUGUGCUUGCGUCUGCAUAUGGCUCUGGAAAUGCUCCUGAAAUGACGGACCCAGAGAAAUUUGACGAACGGCUAUUCGAACGACAGUUAUAUGUCCUUCGAAAGCGUGCCACUCACUCCAUCGGCCUGCAUAAUUGGUUUUACUUGUGCUCCCUUUCAAACAAGAAUAUUGUGUACAAGGGACAGCUUGCUCCAGUACAGGUUUAUCAGUACUACCAUGAUUUGGUAAAUGCCGAUUAUGAGGCUCAUUUUGCCCUCGUCCACUCUCGUUUCUCUACGAAUACCUUCCCUUCAUGGGAUCGUGCCCAACCACUUCGAUGGGCAGCCCACAACGGUGAGAUUAAUACUCUCCGCGGUAACAAGAAUUGGAUGCGCGCCCGAGAGGGUGUCAUGCAAUCUGAUAUUUUCGGUGAUGAGCUUGAGCAUCUGUACCCGAUCGUCGAAGCCGGUGGCUCCGACUCGGCCGCUUUCGAUAACGUCUUGGAGCUGCUUACCAUCAAUGGCGUCCUUUCGCUACCUGAGGCCGUCAUGCUGAUGGUCCCCGAGGCUUGGCAAGGUAAUACUGCCAUGGACCCAAAGAAGGCUGCGUUCUAUGAAUGGGCAGCAUGCCAAAUGGAACCAUGGGAUGGUCCUGCUUUGUUCACAUUCGCCGAUGGUCGAUUUUGCGGUGCCAACUUGGACCGAAAUGGUCUACGUCCUUGCCGGUACUAUAUCUUGGAUGACGACCGCAUUAUUUGCGCUUCUGAAGUCGGUACAAUCCACGUCGAUCCCGAACGGGUCGUUCAGAAGGGACGUCUGCAACCAGGUCGCAUGCUUCUUGUUGAUACUCAAGCUGGUCGCCUUAUCGACGACUCGGAACUCAAGUCAACCGUGUCUAACCGCAAUGACUUCCGCACUUGGAUUGACCAGGAGCUUAUUAGCUUACCCAAGGUCCUGAGCCAAGUAUCUGAGGAGAAAGCCAUCGACGUAGCAGCAAAGCCAGAUUCUACGCGCCUUCAGGAAGACCCCUUAUUGCUUGCGUUCGGAUACACCCACGAACAGGUCAGCCUGCUCCUCGCGCCGAUGGCCUCUGAUGAAAAGGAAGCAUUAGGAUCCAUGGGCAACGACGCCCCAUUAGCUUGUCUGUCUCAAGCACCUCGUCUGCUCUAUGAAUACUUCCGACAGCUCUUCGCUCAAGUUACCAAUCCUCCCAUCGAUCCAAUCCGGGAGUCUAUUGUCAUGUCCCUAGAGUGCUAUGUCGGACCCCAAGGCAACUUACUCGAGAUGGACCCCUCUCAGUGCGGUCGCUUACUACUUCCGAGCCCAAUUCUCUCUAUCCCUGAGUUCAAUGCCUUGACUAAUAUGUCUAAAUUACAUCCUGACUGGACUGUGAAGACCAUUGAUCUUACUUUCCCCAAAUCGGAGGGCGUUGCUGGCUAUAUGAAGCACCUCGACUUCAUCUGCAAUGAAGCUACUGCAGCUAUUGAGGCUAGAGACAGAAUUAUCGUUCUCUCCGACCGAAAGACAUCCGCCGACCGUAUUGCUGUUUCAUCGCUCCUGGCCUCUGGUAUGGUUCACCACCAUCUCGUAAGCAACAAGUGGCGAUCAAUGGCGGCUAUUGUUCUCGAGACCGCCGAGGCACGCGAAGUUCACCACAUGUGUGUCCUGCUUGGUUACGGUGCCGAUGCUAUCAACCCCUAUCUUGCGAUGGAGUGUAUUCUGAAGCUCAACCGCGAGGGCUUGAUCAGGAAAAAGCUUUCCGACGACACCCUCAUCGCCAACUACAAGCACUCAUGCGACGGUGGUAUCCUUAAGGUCAUGAGUAAGAUGGGUAUUUCUACCCUAGCCAGUUACAAGGGCGCUCAGAUCUUCGAAGCACUCGGUGUCGACGACGAAGUUGUUGAGCGGUGCUUCAGGGGAACAGCUUCCCGCAUUAAGGGUCUUACUUUUGAGCUCAUUGCCGAAGACGCAUUCCGUUUCCAUGAACGCGGCUUCCCCUCCCGCCAAACCGUCGGCAUACCCGGCCUACCAGAGUCUGGCGAAUACCACUGGCGUGAUGGCGGUGAGGCACAUAUCAAUGAUCCAACUUCAAUUGCGAAUAUCCAAGAUGCCGUCCGCACCAAAAACGACAAAUCGUAUGAGGCUUACUCGCGCUCUGAAUAUGAGCAGAUCAAGGCGUGUACUCUUCGUGGCAUGCUUGACUUCAAGUUUGAAGAAAGCAACCCGAUUCCGAUCGAGCAGGUUGAACCGUGGACCGCUAUUGUUACGAGAUUCUGCACAGGAGCGAUGUCCUACGGUUCGAUCUCUAUGGAGUCUCACUCUACCCUAGCCGUUGCCAUGAAUCGAUUGGGUGGUAAAUCGAACACCGGCGAAGGUGGUGAGGAUCCUGAGCGAUCCCAAAUAAUGCCGAACGGUGAUACCAUGAGAUCCGCCAUCAAGCAGGUCGCCUCAGGACGAUUCGGUGUCACGUCAGCAUACCUUGCAGACUCCGACGAGCUCCAGAUCAAGAUGGCGCAGGGUGCCAAGCCUGGUGAAGGUGGUGAACUCCCUGGUCACAAGGUUUCCAAAUCCAUUGCCCGAACCCGUCACUCCACGCCUGGUGUCGGCCUUAUCUCGCCUCCUCCUCACCACGACAUCUACUCCAUUGAGGACCUAAAGCAACUCAUUUACGACCUGAAGUGCUCAAGCCCACGAUCUCGUGUCUCCGUCAAACUCGUGUCCGAGACAGGAGUUGGUAUCGUUGCUUCCGGUGUUGCUAAGGCCAAGGCUGACCACAUUCUUAUUUCUGGUCACGACGGUGGCACUGGCGCCAGUAGAUGGACCGGAAUCAAGUACGCAGGUCUCCCGUGGGAACUUGGUCUUGCCGAAACUCACCAGACAUUGGUUCUCAAUGAUCUGCGUGGCCGCGUCUGCGUCCAAACUGACGGCCAAUUACGAACCGGACGUGAUGUCGCCAUCGCUUGUCUGCUUGGUGCUGAGGAAUGGGGUUUCGCUACAACGCCUCUGAUUGCCAUGGGAUGUAUCAUGAUGAGGAAGUGUCACUUAAAUACAUGCCCGGUCGGAAUUGCCACACAGGACCCUGAACUUCGCAAGAAGUUCACUGGAACGCCUGAACAUGUGAUCAACUUCUUCUACUAUGUCGCUAACGAGCUCAGGGCGAUCAUGGCUCAGCUUGGUUUCCGAACCAUCAACGAAAUGGUCGGACAUGCUGAGUGUCUAAAAGUCCGAGAUGAUCUUCGAACCAACAAGACUUCCAAUAUCGACCUCUCUCUGAUUCUCACCCCCGCCCAUAAGCUUCGACCCGGUGUGUCCACAUACAACGUCCGCAAACAGGAUCACCGCCUUUAUGUCCGACUCGACAACAAGCUUAUUUCUGAAGCUGAGUUGACUCUCGAUAAGGGGCUUCCAUCCCGCAUCGAGUGUGACAUUGUCAACACCGACCGUGCUAUGGGUACGUCGCUUUCGUACCAGAUUUCCAAACGUUAUGGAGAAGCUGGCCUCCCUAUGGAUACGGUGCACGUCAACAUCAAGGGUUCGGCUGGUCAAUCUUUUGGUGCCUUCCUUGCUCCUGGUAUUACAUUAGAGCUGGAAGGUGACGCCAAUGAUUAUGUUGGUAAGGGUCUGUCUGGUGGUCGACUCAUUAUCUACCCCCCUCGGACAGCGGUAUUCAAAGCAGAGGAGAACAUAUUAAUUGGUAACGUCUGCUUGUACGGAGCAACCAGCGGUACCUGCUUCUUCCGAGGUGUCGCAGCCGAGCGGUUUGCCGUCAGAAACUCAGGAGCCACGGCCGUUGUCGAGGGCAUCGGUGAUCACGGUUGCGAGUACAUGACUGGUGGCCGCGUGGUUAUCCUAGGAAGCACUGGUCGCAACUUUGCCGCCGGUAUGUCGGGAGGUAUUGCCUAUGUCCUUGACAUUCAUGGUGACUUUAUGUCCAAGCUCAACAUGGAGAUGGUCGAAGCUUCUGAGGUUGAUGACCCAACCGAAAUUGCCUUCCUCCGCGGCCUUAUCGAAGAUCACCAUCACUACACUGGAUCUGAGUUGGCCGCUCGCAUUAUUGUCGACUUCAACAGAGCUCUCCCGCGCUUUGUCAAGGUUCUUCCAGUUGACUACAAGCGAGUCCUCCAGGAGGAAGCUGCUAAGGCUGCCGAGGCUAAGCGUGCCGAAUACAACCUUCCAGUCGUGUCUGGUGUCCAGGCGAAGAAAGAAGAUAAAGCUGCUAAACUCCAAGAUAUCGAGGAGACAGUUGGCGACAACGCAUCCGAGAAGAAGCGUGCUCUUGUUCUCGACAAGACUAAGGGUUUCAUGAAGUACCAGCGACGAUCAGAGAAAUACCGCAGUUCUAAGACUAGGACUAAGGACUGGGCCGAACUUUCUCAGCGUCUAAAUGAAGACGAGCUCAAGUACCAGUCAGCUCGUUGCAUGGACUGUGGUGUUCCCUUCUGUCAAUCCGAUACGGGAUGCCCGAUCUCUAACAUUAUUCCGAAGUGGAAUGAGUUGGUUUUCCAGAACCAAUGGCAAGACGCUCUUAACCGUCUGCUCAUGACCAACAACUUCCCCGAGUUCACUGGUCGUGUUUGCCCUGCUCCCUGUGAAGGUGCCUGCGUGCUUGGCAUCAACGAGGAUCCCGUUGGUAUCAAGUCGAUCGAGUGCGCUAUCAUCGACCGUGGCUUUGAGAUGGGAUGGAUGGUACCACGACCACCCAAAGUCCGAACUGGCAAGAAGGUCGCUAUCAUCGGUUCCGGCCCCGCCGGCCUUGCCUGUGCCGACCAGUUGAACAGAGCCGGACAUACCGUUACUGUCUACGAACGUGCCGACCGAGCUGGUGGUCUGCUUAUGUACGGUAUCCCUAACAUGAAGCUUGAUAAGCGUGUUGUAAAGCGUAGGACAGACUUCAUGGCUGCUGAAGGUGUUCAGUUCAAGACUGGUGUUACGAUCGGCGAGAACAUCACGUUGACGGACCUCAAGGCUGCCAAUGACGCCGUCGUCAUUGCUACUGGUGCCACCGUUGCCCGAGACCUUCCGAUCAAGGGUCGCAACCUAGAAGGCAUCCACUUUGCCAUGGAGUUCCUGCACAAGAACACCAAGUCUCUGCUUGACUCUGAGCUAGCUGAUGGCGCCUACCUUUCUGCCAAGGACAAGAAUGUUGUAGUUAUUGGUGGCGGUGACACUGGUAACGACUGCAUCGGUACUUCUGUCCGCCAUGGUGCGAAAUCGGUCAUUAACUUCGAACUUCUGCCCCAGCCUCCGCCACAGCGUGGCCGUGAUAACCCCUGGCCACAGUGGCCUCGCAUCUACCGUGUCGACUAUGGUCACACGGAAGUGGCUCAGCACAUGGGUAAGGACCCUCGCGAAUACUGCAUCAUGUCCGAGGAGUUCGUCGACGACGGUAGUGGACGUGUCAAGGGUAUCAACACCAUUCGCGUUGAGUGGACCAAGUCCGCUAGCGGCGGUUGGGAUAUGAAGAAGCUGGAGGACACGAAGCAGUUCUUCCCUGCCGACCUCGUCCUUCUCUCUAUGGGUUUCCUUGGUCCUGAGGCUCGUGUACUUGGUGAAGAGAUCGAGAAGGAUGCCCGAAAGAAUGUCAAGACGCCCCCCGGUUCGUAUGCCACAAACGUCCCCGGCAUCUUCGCAGCCGGUGACUGCCGUCGUGGCCAGUCAUUGAUCGUUUGGUAAGCCAAUUUACUCGCCCACAAACUAGCAUAAACUAACAAAGUCGUCUAGGGGUAUUAACGAAGGACGACAAGCCGCUCGCGAAGUUGACCUGUUCCUCUCUCACUACACUAGUCUACCCGUCACCGGUGGCAUUAUCAAGCAUACGGCGCGGGAGAUUCUCAGCGUCGUCGCGGCGUGAAAAGGGUGAAAAAACAAAAAGUUUUCUAUACAACGAG